CGGGAUGUCCGCUGUGCCGGUUCUGUGUGUGUGAUGACGGACUAUGACCGGAUCCUGUUUUUAGAAAAAAUAGAAGCAAUUACGGACAGUUUUCAACGUAGACCUUUCUGCAAUUGGAAUGGAAGUUGAUAAAUCUCAAAUGGCUGAGAGGAUAUUGGACCUAACCAUGGAGAUCAUCAAUCUCCUUACUGGAGAGGACUGUAUAAUCAUGAAGAAAGCAGAUCAGUGUGUCUCACACAAUAAACGUGGAUCUGGAGGAUGGAGCAAGACUCAGAACCAAAUAACAGUGCGUCUACCUCACUCACUAAUGCAUGAAAGGAACAAUGAUGAAAAGAUCUUGGCACUCACAUACAAGAUCAUUCAUCUGCUGACUGGAGAGGACUGGAAAUAUUUAAAAGUUCAGAGGGAUCAAUACAGGGAUCUCAUGAUCGAGAAUCAUCAGCCCUUCAAAUCACAGGAUGAUUCCAGUAACAGAAAUACACCAGAGAGAAGUCCCAGUCCUAUGUAUUCCCAGAAAUAUGAUGAAGAUAAUAGUGACAACCCUCCUGAACUUAAGGACAAAGACCUCCUCAAUAUUAAAGUGGAAGUUAUAGAUGAGGAUGGAGAAUAUAUACAGGGUGACCAGAUGCAUACAGAUGAGAAACUUCCUACUGAUAUGAGUCCAGGAUGUGCACGCAGUAGUCAGAGUGUCUCAGAAGAACAUUUUUCUUUUACUUCUCUGUGUAAAAUAGAAGAUGGUGAACUAAGACAAGUUUCAAUAGGAGAAGACACCAUUAUACCACAAACAGCAUACCGAUCACCCUCUCUCUCUAAACGUGAGCAAUAUGCAUUGAACACAGGAGCUUCUGGUAGCACAGGUUGUGGCAAAACAAAACCUCUGUCUAUUCAUCAGAGAGUCCUAAAUGGCGAGAAGCCAUUUUCUUGUUCUUACUGUGGGAAAUGCUUUUCUUAUAAAUCGGAUCUUAUUCGACAUGAGAGGAUCCACACAGGGGAGAAACCGUUCACAUGUUCCGAGUGUGGAAGAAGUUUUACCUAUAAAUCAGUUCUCAUUCAACAUCAGAGAAUUCACAAUGGUGAGAAGCCAUUUUCCUGUAUGGAUUGCGGAAAAAGUUUUGCACAGAGGUCUGUUCUUUUUAAGCAUCAGAGAAUUCACACAGGUGAAAAGCCAUAUUCAUGUCCUGAGUGCGGGAAAUGUUUUAAUCAAAAAUCAUCUCUUGGUGAACAUCUUCUAAUCCACUCCAGUGACAAACCAUACACUUGCUCUGACUGUGGAAAAUCCUUUACUCAAAAAUCACACCUUGCCCAACAUCAAAAGAUUCACACAGGUGAGAAACCAUUUUUGUGUCCGGAGUGCGGCAAAUGUUUUCGAUUUCAGUCUGAUCUUAUUCGACAUAAAAAGAUUCACACAGGAGAGAAGCCGUAUCCCUGUUUAGAGUGUGGAAGAUCUUUCACAUACAAGUCAGUUCUUAUUCAACAUCAGAGGAUCCACAACGGUGAAAGGCCCUUUCCUUGCCUUGAUUGCGGAAAAUGUUUUACUCAAAAAUCGAUUCUUGACAAACACAGAAAAGUUCAUGCAGCAUCAGUAAACUAGUGAAACAAGUAAGUUUACUCAACCAAAGCAUUAUUUCUGAAGGAAACCUGCAUCAUUAGUGGAAAGAGAGCUCUUCAUAUUUUACAUUUUGUUCUUUUCAGACAAUGUGUCUUUGGCCUUCCGAAGAGGACCAUCUUGGGAGCUACAGUAUAAAAUUAUAGUGUUGCAUCACAAUAUUGAUCAAUAUUAUUUAAUUCUCCAACUGUUUUCUGAUACAUCUGUCUUUCCUUGGAUUUGAGGCCUAGCUUAAAAAGGAUAAUUGUCAGUUGAACAGAAACAUUAAGUCCUUCAUUGAUGCAUACAAAAUUUGCCUGAAAGACAGGAUGUAAAGUAACAUUCAGCAUCUUGCUGGCUAUAAAUUUUGUGAUUGUCUACUCUAAUGUAGAUUUGUCUUAAAUACUUGGGACCUUGCAUUUGCUAUUUAUACACAGUAGAUGAAUCCUCUACAUUUACCAAAAUCAGUUAAAGCUUCUACCAAGUUCCUGACCUUUUAUUAAUGCAAGGAGAUUGAUACUAGCUGAAGAAAACAGGUUCAACCGUCUUUGAAUCUGUAUUUGAAACAAUGCUAAUGUGAAUACGUGAUGUAGGGGCAUCUCCUAAAUUGCAAUCAAU